AUUUUAGUUCAGAAUAAAUACUAUAUUAUUUGUGGAUGAAAAUUAUAAUGGUAACGAAUAAAUGUAUUUUUUCUCUAGCAUAGAGGCCCACCGAGAUCCCAAAACCCUAUGCGAAAUCCGUAUUUCCUCCUCCGCCCAACAGCACUCGUUAGAAGGGGAUACUUACCUCCCGUGAAACGGAGCAGAAUCCAGAGGGAAUAUUCAGAUCCCGGAGGAAUUGAUUGGUCCUGCAAAAUAAGAAAAGAUACGCGGCGGCGGGCAACUGCUGCUCCUGGUUGGCCAUCCAGUGUCUCCAUCCAGUCAAGCUCCCAACCCCGUUCGCUAACCCCAGAAGAACAGGCACGGAUGGAUUCUAUUCAGGCCCAAAAGGCGGCUUUGAAGGCCGUCUCUCACAAUGACAAAAGUGCAAAGAAAGAUACCCUAAAGAGAAAGAUUGCAGAGGUUCCAAAAACUGAUGGAAAAGAAGACAUUGAGCCGGAAGAAGAUAAGACAAAAAAGGCAAAGGGACUAGAGCAAGAGAUAAUGUUCUCUAUCGGUGAUGUGAAGUCUCAUUAUAAGGGUGCAAAGCUACUACCAAAAUGGAAGGCAUUUCAGACAACAAUAUAUCUUGAAUGGGAUGAAGGACUUCUUGACUCAAAAAAGAUUGCUGCAUUUGAUUUUGAUGGAUGUCUUGCCAAGACAAAUGUAAAAAGAGUCGGUGCAAAUGCUUGGUCUCUUAUGUAUCCUUCAAUACCAGAGAAACUUCAAAGCUUGUACAAUGAUGGCUAUAAGCUGGUAAUCUUUACCAAUGAAUCAAAUAUAGAGCGCUGGAAGAACAAAAGACAAACAGCUGUGGACUCCAAAAUCGGUCGACUUGCAGGCUUUAUAAAGCUUGCGAAGGUCCCAAUCCAGGUCUUCAUUGCUUGUGGAUUCAAUGCCUCAACGAUUGACCCCUAUCGCAAACCAAACAUUGGAAUGUGGUCUCUUCUUAAGAAUCAUUUCAAUUCUGGACUUCCAAUUGACAUGGACAAAUCUUUCUAUGUUGGCGAUGCUGCUGGUAGAGAGAAGGAUCACAGUGAUGCAGACAUUAAAUUUGCCCAGGCCAUUGGACUGAAGUUUUACGUUCCUGAGGAAUUCUUUUCUGUCUAGGAAUAUGUUUCACUCACUUGUGCGCAUUGUAACCCUAUUCCUGAAGAAGUGUAGCAUAAUUAAUAUGGUUAUAUUGUUCAUGCAUGUGCCCCAUGUGUUGUAACUUAUCAAUUUUGUUUGAAAAAUGAGCUUCUUAUUAAGAGCAUUUUGUGGAACUAUAGUUAAACCAAGGCUUUACUAUUUGAUCUUCUUUUUUCAGGAAAGUUGUACAGUAGUGAAUAAGUAGCCUAGAAAGUCUUUCUUGCACGCUUGUCAAAAAUCAAACAAGACUCGUUGAGUUGCUAAGGUAAGGCAAUUAUAAUGCUGUAAGUUGAAUGAGGCUUUCUGAGUCUAGUGG